AUGGUUCUCUCAUUCAUCAUCGUCCAGAACCGGCAGGGCAAAACACGCCUGGCAAAGUGGUAUGCGCCGUAUAACGAUGACGAGAAAGUGAGAUUAAAGGGCGAGGUUCAUCGCCUUGUUGCCCCACGAGACCAGAAAUAUCAAUCGAACUUCGUCGAGUUUAAGCGGAGCACCAAGAUUGUGUAUAGGCGAUAUGCGGGUUUGUUCUUUUGUGUCUGUGUUGAUGCAAACGACAACGAGCUAGCAUACCUGGAAGCCAUACAUUUCUUUGUGGAGGUCCUGGACCAGUUUUUUGGUAACGUUUGUGAGUUGGAUUUGGUUUUUAAUUUCUACAAGGUUUACGCAAUUCUCGAUGAAGUGUUUCUUGCUGGUGAAAUCCAGGAGACCAGCAAGCAAGUAGUGCUCACGAGGUUGGAGCAUCUAGACAAGCUUGAAUAG